GAACUGGCGAGGGGAAUAGAAGGAACGGGUAAUAGAAAGAAGAUAGGGUCAACGGAUGAGAUCCGGCGAUCUCAGUCAUUUGGGGAAAUACACGUUACUCUCCUUUACUUCUAUCGCCUGUUGGUCGUGACUCCUGUUUCUGUGGGUUUUGCAUCCUGGGUAGUCAUGUCCGCCAGUGUGAAGACUCCGGUCUUCUGAAAAAAAAAAUGUCUAUAAGAUUCACUCGCAAGUUUCAUGUUAGUAUCUCGCCAGCUUCAUUAUUAGCACAUAAUCAUAAUCUUAGCAUUUUAAAGCACACGUAGUUCCUAGCAUUACCUGUCCACAAUGGCGUUGGUUCCUGUUGACCCGGCGCUGUGGAACAAGAUGGGGGUCGAUGCUGACGAGAACCUCCCCGAGGGCUGGACGUGCGAAACGAGUCUCGAGAUCCGCGACGAGGACGGCACGAACCCGCGGGGACUCGAAGUCAAGGCGACGAAGUGGGGGAGCGACAUCGUUCUCGCCGAUGAGCCUUAUGAGAGGGGUUGGACCAACUUCCGGUACAUUGUCGAUCGGGUGCGGAUCAAGACAACGGAACUGUGGGCAAGGCUGGUGUCCACCGCUGCGGAAGCCGCAUUCUAUCAGGGGAUGGCGGCCAACGCGGCAUCGGCAUUGAAUGCGGCUCGUAUUCACUCCGACAUCUCGUCUCUGCGUCAGCAGGCUGCUUACGAAGUGGCUGGAUUACGGCAGGAGGCAGCCAUGAACACUCAGAUGUCCACAGCGGGUCUCCAGAAGGACCUAGUAGUGAUGUCGGAGCGGAUGCGGUCCUUGGAGCAACAGGCAGAAACGUCGAAGCGUGACAUGGUCGAGCUGCGCCGCGCAUAUGCGGAGAAGGCUAAGGAACUAGAUCGCCAGGUAUUUGCCGAACGGGGGACGCUCGUCAGCACCCAGGAGGGAUUAAAGGCCCGCGUGGACCACCUGGAGAGCACCAUGGCGCUCACAAUCCAGACUCAGGUGCGCCAGGAGGUGCAGCGGGAAUGCGCCGGCUACGAGCAGCAGCGCGAAAAGUUGGGGAGGACCUUAGCGCGUGUCGAUGCGCUCGAGGCCGCGAACACGCAGGCAAAGAACCUGGAAGGGGUUCUUCGCGACUUGUCCACGAAGGUGACAGCCGGAGGGGCUGAGGGCGGCGGUGAGAUGACCGCUCACUUGAUGGAGGAAAUUACACGUUUGGGCGGCGGAUUGGCUCAGAUCCCGCGGUGCCUCCCACGCAUGCUCCAUGGGUGGGGGGAAGGAGGUAGGUUUAGCCUGCAGCUUCAAGAGAGCGUCUCGAAAAGUGCGUAG